GGUGACCCUAAAGUUUCUUUCUCAUCGUGCUAUGAAUGGCCUUAUCUGGCUCUGCUUAUGCAAACAUGCAGGCUUAUCUAUUAGCCGUCUAUGUCAUCGGUUUCAAUCGUCCCAGAGCUCUUUUGCAGUACGUUCGUUUGUGCCACAGUCUCUUUUAAAACUUUCAUCCACAGCAUAAAACAUGGAUACAGAAAGGCGACAUUUACGGCAUAUUAUACUUCAUUGUUUCAAAAAAGGUGAUAGUGUAAAGAAUACUCUCGACGAGAUUUGUACCGUGUACGGGGAUGGUGCUAUAACAAUUAUUACAACUGUUCGCAAUUGGUUUAAAAAAUUUAGAGGGGGAAAUUUGAAUUUGGAAGAUGAAGACCGAAGCGGCCGUCCAAAAACGACAGAUAUGGACCUUAUCAAAGCCAUGCUUGAUGAAAAUCCACGAUAUAAUGUGCGCGAGAUAGUAAAUGCCACUACGGUUCCCAAAACAACAGUGCAUAAUCACCUAAGGAAGAUGGGAUAUGUUAAUCGGUGCGAAGUUUGGGUUCCGCACUUAUUGACGGAGACCAGCCUUAUGAAUCGCAUCUCUAUGUGCGAGUUUGCUUCCCAAGCGACAUGAAAAAGGAUCCGUUUCUAAAAAGGCUUGUCACUGGAGACGAAACUUGGAUUUUAUAUGAAAAUGUGCAUAGAAAAUGCACUUGGUGUAAGGACAAUAGGCCUUCAACUGUCGCAGAGCCGGAACUAACACCCCAAAAAAGUUCUUUUGUCCAUUUGAUGGGAUUGGAAAGGCGUAAUUUUCUACGAACUCCUUCCUCAAGGUGAAACAACAAAUUUUACGAAAUACUGUCAUCAACUGGAUCAAUUGAAAGGUGCCAUAACAAAAAAAACGGCCAGAAUUAAUGAACAGACAAGGCGUUGUUUUUCAUCAUGAUAACGUGAGACCACAUAUUGCAUUAGCGGUAAGAGAAAAGCUCUUACAAUUUGAUUGGUAUGUUUUACCGCAUCCUGCAUACUCUCCAGAUCUCACUCCAUGUGAUUAUUACUUCUUUUUGUUUUUAAAAAUUUCUCUUCGUGAUAAGCGCUUUAAAUCCAUCAGUGAAAUAAAAGCACA